AUGGCAUUCCUCUUUAAGUCGAAGAAGAACCAGCAGGCUUCUGGCCUACCACCCGCAACGAGAAACGUCCAUACUUCUGAAGGAGCACCCGCGGGCUCUGGAGCCGUGCUCAACGGGUCGAAAGAUGGGAUGGCCAUAUCGCAGACGCCGACGCCCAGCGGUAGCUACAAUAACUCCUUGAACUCGGUCACUAGCACCAACAGUCCGGAACAACAGCGGAUGCGGCAACGAGCUGAGUCCGAAUCCCAGGCCCAGCGUCCCCAGCAAUCUUCGUCUCCAGUCUCCAGCCCGGGUUCCUCCCUUUAUCCGUGGUCCCAACGCCGAUUAAACUUCUCAUCUCCGCAAGCGAACCCUUUCCCACGAUAUGGUGCAGCAAUCAAUGCGGUGGCUUCGAAAGAAGGCGAUGUCUACAUGAUGGGUGGUUUAAUAGACGGGUCAACUGUAAAGGGCGAUCUUUGGAUGUUGGAAAGCAGCAGCGGGAACCUGUCGUGCUUCCCGAUUGCGACGGUUUCGGAAGGGCCAGGACCUCGUGUUGGCCACGCGAGCUUGCUAGUCGGCAAUGCUUUCAUCGUCUUCGGCGGUGAUACCAAGGUGGACGAGAAUGAUACGUUGGAUGACACGCUAUACCUGCUAAACACUUCCUCCCGGCAAUGGUCGCGCUCAAUCCCCCCAGGCCCUCGGCCCAUCGGACGAUACGGUCACACUCUGAAUAUUCUAGGCUCUAAACUCUACGUUUUUGGAGGACAGGUGGAGGGUUAUUUCUUCAAUGAUCUGGUUGCGUUUGACCUAAACCAGUUACAAAACCCCAGUAAUAAAUGGGAAUUUCUCAUUCAGAACAGCCAUGAGGGCGGACCCCCACCUGGUCAAAUACCCCCUGCGAGAACGAAUCACACAAUCGUCAGUUUUAAUGACAAACUAUACCUGUUUGGAGGAACGAACGGAUUGCAGUGGUUUAACGACGUUUGGUCAUACGAUCCGAGGAGCAACAGCUGGGCCCAGCUCGACUGUGUCGGAUUCAUUCCGACGCCUCGAGAAGGACAUGCGGCUGCCAUUGUUAACGACGUAAUGUACGUUUUCGGUGGCCGGACUGACGAAGGUAUCGACCUUGGUGAUCUCGCCGCUUUCCGCAUCAGCACCCGACGAUGGUACUCUUUCCAGAACAUGGGUCCAGCACCUUCUCCGCGAUCUGGUCAUAGCAUGACGGCUUUUGGGAGACAAAUUAUUGUCCUGGCGGGCGAGCCGAGCUCGGCCCCGAGAGACCCAGUGGAGCUCAGUAUGGCAUAUAUGCUUGACACAUCAAAGAUCCGUUAUCCUACGGACAAUCCAAAUGGCGAGAAAGCACCGCUCUCGGGGCCCACCAAGACCGGGGCCGGAGACAAACAGGUCGCGCCAUCGGGGCGGGCAUCCCGUGAAGCUCAGAAUCAACCGCCAGAUCAAUACCGUCGCGGAUCGGGACCUCCGCGAGAAAGCGUGGUCAGUCCUACCGGCCGGCAGACGGAGCUGGGUCCGGGUCCAGGUUCUCGAUUACCACGGGCGUCCAUCGCCAACGCUCCUGCCGGGCCUCCGCCGCCUGGACAGGCCCCUACCCCUGGGCAGCGAGGUAACGCACCGCGAGAUGGCAACAAUUUCAGAAGCAAGACGCCACCAACAAAACCGGAGCGUGGAUAUGGUGGACCUCCAAUCGAUACGACUCGCGCCGUAACUGGUGAUAGAGAUAGGGAUUUUGCACCGCGGGACUCACCGAAAGACCCCAGGAAUGGGCCAGAGUCCAAUGGCCAGCGGACUCCCACCCAACAGUCCCAAAGAAUGUCGGCGAGAGCUAUGGAGGCCGGGGAAGCUGCUCCUCUCAUGGCACCGGCUCGGCAACGAUCUCUCCGCCAGCGCCAGCGGAGUUCCAUGGAUAGCGCUGAUGAGUCCGUCCUCGGUCGCCACGCAAGUAUGGAUGGAUCAGUGGACUCGCGAACUCACAGGAACUCCAGGGCAGGGGAAGAACCUCGCUCACCGCGGCUGACCGCCCAUCAGGAGGCAUUGCAUAAAGAGCUCGAGGCUCUUAGGAGUCGGAAUGCUUGGUACGCCUCCGAGCUCGCAUUGGCCAAGAAAUCUGGGUAUACGCCUAAUAUCUCGACAAACUCCGUGCUGGACGAACGGACAUCGGAUGCUUUCGCUGACGAGGACCGCCCCUUAAUCGAAGCGUUCCUAGCAAUGAGAGCAGAGCUAACCAAGAUGCAAGCCACCGUGGAUCGACAAGCCGCGAUUGCAUCUAAGCGCGUAGCCGAGGUUGAGCAGCAAAGAGACGUUGCCGUGAACGAGGCUGCUUAUGCCCGCGCCAAACUCGCCGCCCACGGCGGGAGUCAGCAAAGCACACCAUCGCUGGAUGGACAGUCUCAGGACCUUGACAAGGCAGCAUCUGAUCGCAGCACAGAUCUUAGUCGCAGGUUGGCCUUGGCACUUGCGUCUUACAACGAACUCAAGUCGAAACUGGAAGCAGUUACGACAGAUCUUGACCAGGAGAAGCGUGGCAGGGAAUUGGCAGAAGAGACUUCCGAAGCUACCAGGAGAAGGCUGGCCGAGCUGGAAAUGCAAAACAAUCCUUUGGAAACUGAAAGCUUGCGCGCCCAACUACACCAGAUUGAGGCAUCUCUGAGGGAAGAGUCGAUCUUGCGUUCGGAAGCUGAAUCGUCAUCAAAACAGUUGACCUUGGAUAAAGAGGAGCUGUCAAGGAAGCUCGAGGAUUCUACCAAUCGUCUGAGGGAUUAUGGCGAUAAUAUUGGUGGUUUGAGAGAGGCUGUAACCGCAUCCGUGGAGAAGGCUUCCAUCCUGGAAAAGAAAUUGGACGAGGAACGCGAGCGACGUGAAGGGUUGGAGAGAAAAUUGCUGCAGCUGAGGUCUGAGCACGAAGAACGAACGGCUGAGCUGGAGAACGCAACACGCCGCCUCCGAGAUGCAGAAGAGUUGGCUGAGAGUCAUGCCAGAGAAGCCGAAACCCAUAAAAAUGCAUUCAUUUUGGGUCUCGAGCGAGCUUCGUCGUUUGACUCUGAAACCUCAAUACGCUCACUUGUCGAUCAACGAGUGGCUAGUUCCGAGGCACAGGUGGAGAGGGCUAAUAAGUUGGCGAAAGCCAGUCAAGCUGCUGCCGAUGAAGCAGUCGAGAAACUGCGCCGCGCGGAGGAGAGAAUCGCAGGUCUGGAAGCCUACCAAGAGCAGGCUAGUAGGGAAGGUCUGCAGCUUCGGCGACAACUCCAGGCAGCGAUGAAAGACUGCCAAACCUUUACCACGGAGAACCGAGAACUGAAGGCUAAGAUUGAGACCCACCAGAGGGAGGCUGGAGCCUUGGCUGUCCAGCAUACCGCUCUGAAGGACCUCCUUGGUGAACGCGGUUACACCGAUAGUAGCCGCUCUCCUCGCAUAGAGUCCCCUGGUUCUCGAUUUGGCACUCCAGAGCAAAAUCGACUCAGAGAAUUGGAGCAACAGCUCUCGACGAGCAUGAAGGCUCAUGAUGAGUUAAAGGCAUCAUUCGAGACGCGUGAACAAGAGACCGAUCGUGCUUACAGAGAAAAGCUGGAACAACUCGAGAAUGACUACCAAUCUGCCGUUCACUACGUCAAGGGCACUGAGAAGAUGCUGAAGCGGAUGAAGGACGAGCUUACUCGGUACAAGGCGCAGAAUGCAAGGAUCCAGUCCGAAUUGGAAGCCGCCCAAAGCCGAGAGGGCUCAGAGACACCGUCAGGAUGGGAGGCUGAACGAUCCGAGCUUCAACAAUCACUGGCCGAUUUACAGCGAGACACGUCGGUUUCUAUUGCCAACCUUGAGGAUCAGAUUACGAGUCUGAAAGAGAGUCUAGCGUCCUCCGAGGCAGAAAAGGAGAAAUCCGUUGCAGAAUAUGAAUCAAUAAAGCAGGAACUUCUUGCGGUCACUGAGAGGAGUCGCUCGGAGCUAGAGCAACUAAAGGACGAGAACUCGUUGCUUGAAUCUCGCGCAGUAGAUGCCGAACAAAAGGUUUCCAUGCUCCUGGACCAGGUUGAGGCUUCUGUUGGACAUUAUCGGCGGCAGUCGCAGCACGGUGGUGCCAACGGGAUCUCUCGCACUCACAGCAACGCCUCCAGCGGUACAAUCGGAGCUGGGACACGACGGUCCAGGGCUAAUAGUGCCGUGUCGCAGGAUGAUACCUUCCUCGACAACCGUGGCUCCAUGGCCCUCGACUCGCUGGCGAACGAGUUGGAAGCUCUACGCAGCCACUGGGAGAGUACCAAUAGCAACUAUCGGUUAAGCACCCAGUCGGACUUUGACCGCACCCCAACCAAGGACUCCGGGCUCAGCGACAGCCUGGCAGAAUGGAGACGACGACUGGACGAAGAAGAAGCGAGAGCAGGCUCUCCGGAAAAGAGUAAGCUUCGCAAUGCUGCCGAAGGACAUGCACCAGCGAAUAUGAUCUAA